AUGGAAGGUCUACCGGUUGUCUCCUAUAGUAGGGUCACAGAUCUCGCAAAAUCGUAUCGUCUACGGAUAGCAGAGGAUAGGUAUAAAACUGUUCUUCACAAUCCUCUGAAGGUAGAAGAAUGUACUGAACCAGUUCUUGCGGCGGAGGAGGAUCGACGUAGCACUAUUGAAAGACAGGAGGAGGAAGAGAUUUCUGGAAUUAUGCGACGAUGGAUAAAGUGUUCCGCAUUCUUCACAUCAGAAAUUCACUCCAUGAAAGAGAUAGAACAGAAAAAGGUGGAGGUAUCAAGACGACAAAAUAUUCUUGAGAAACAGAUUUACCGUGAAGAAUUUCUAAGAUUCUGGGAAAAAAGAAAACAUCAACAUCACCAUCGUCCUGUUAAUCUUAGUAAGUUUUUUAUGAUAGCGUAUAGUUAUAAUAUAUUGCCUUUUGCAACGGAUCCAGUGGAAUGUUGGGAACGAGGAAUCGUUGUGCCUCCUGAGCUUCAGCAGUCGGUAGAGAUAUCAGAUAGCGAGGGGACUGUUUCACUACCACCCUUUCAUGAAUUGUCUAUGAGGUUUCGGGAAGCUUAUAAUCAUUAUCGCACCCAAUAA